GUUGUGCUUCGCUUUGCGCCGGAUGUGUUGUGCGGAAUGUGAGUUGCUUGCGCCAAGUGCAUAUGCAUAUGUGUGUGUGCGUGUGCUGCUGAUAGCGCUGGCUAUGUUGUUUGAAUGGCUUUAGGCUCGUAGCAAAUUUCUGUCAGCCAUCACUUGGAUGAAUGGACAAAUAGAGCUGGAUUGAUGAUUGGACGACAUUUCAUAUGGGGGAAAUUACUGUACACACACAUAUGUGCCUACAUUCCUUCGUUUAUUUCCGAAAUUCUUGCCUGAUUUAGAGUCUCCAAGCAGUCAAGUAAAAGAGAACAGCGCGAUGACGACGACAAUUUGCUGGCUAAGAUGUGUGCAUAUGCAGUAGUCAGAGUUUGUGUGGUCUAGCGAACGCAACUAAAAAACAUGAAAUUAACGAGUGAAGUGCUGUUUCCUCUUUUUAUCACUUAUAAUAUAUAAAAUAAGGAUUAAUAAUACUAACCGAAAAGAAAUUACUUAAAAAUUUAAAUAAUGUGCUAUGCGUAUUAGUGUAAAAUUGCAGGUUAACAAGUGUGAGAAGUAAUUUGGUAUUCAGCUGAGGUUAGCGCAGUCAUGUGUUUCCAUUGGCCAAUAGAGUGAAAAAAUAAACGAAGCUGUGCAAAAGUGGUAAAGUGGUAAUUAAUAGAAGAAGUACAAGCUUAUGCGUAAGCAUUGUCUAUCAGUGUAUGUAUAUGAGUGGUGUAAAUAAAAAGUUAUCAAUUAAACAAUUACCUCACAUACGUUGACACAUACAUAUAUGUAGCAUACUUUUAGGUGCUUUGCGAGGCAAACGGCUAUUGUAUGUUCAUAUGUCACUCGAAAAGGCGUAAAGUCAUAAUGUCAGUGGAAAAAAUUACAAUUAACCUUUAUACCUAGGUGUGUGGCUAUAAAAGAGUGUGCUGAAGAAUGUGUACAUGUGUACAUCGAAAAAUGUAACCACAGUAAUAUGCGCGGUUUGAGUGAUUUAAAUAAAGAAAUAAAUAACAAAUGAAAGUUAAGAUAAAUCAAAUAAGUGUCAAAUGGAAACAUAACCUAAUUACAAGCAGAUGCUGCACUGAAGUGCUUUUACCGCAAGCGUAUAAAAAGACGGCUCUAAGUGUUAAAUUCAUUUAAAUCAUGUAAAAAUCUUAAAAUAUGAGGCUUAAAUUAUUUUACUUUAUUGGCUAAGCCAAAUCUCGAGCAACGGUUGUAAAUUAUUCAAAAAUAUUACUAUAAUUCAGAGUGUGAAAUACGUGAUCAAAUAACCUUACUAACUGAAAAAGGAGUCAAGGCAUUCCGCGUGUAUUGGCAUAAGAGUUUUGCAUACCGGAAAAACAGAGCUCGUACAAAAUGUUCGCCAUUAAUGAAAACGAAAGUAAAACCAUUAGAUCAAGCAUGUAAACUUGUAGCACAAACCGAUAGCAAGCAUAAAUGUACUAAAAACGUUGUACAUAUAGUCCAAAUAAGCAUCGGUAAGAACCGAAGCGCGAAGCGUAAACUUGCGGUGCCGUGAAAAUAUUGGGAAAGUAUUGAUAGACAACACAAAACUAACCUUUUAAAAUGCACAAACUGAAAAUAUAUGGUUUUAAUUGGCAAAUUUGAAGUCACUAGUUGACAAAGAGUCCAACUUUGCAAAUACGCUUACACAGCGUGCAACAAGAAGAUAAUUCUAACGAGCAAAAAAAAAAAACAAAUUUAAAGCAAAAAAAAAAAAAAAUAAUACGAGAAGCCUAAGCGAAAAGAACGAACACAAAGAGAGAAUCGAAAGCAUUACUGGGAAAGUUCAAAUCAAAACACCGACCGACCGACCGACGUAGCAACCAUUAGCUAUCAGCAGCAGCGCAAGAGAAGCGGCAGCACAACAUCCAAUCUCCAAAAUUUCAAAUAUAAAGAAGAGAAAAAGCACAGAGAACAAGAACAAGAAAUAAAAACGACGAACACAAAGUGAAAAGCAAUGAAAUGUAAAUCUAGAAGAACAAGUGGAAGAAAUUAAAAAGUAAAACAAAAAGCUGAAAGCAGCAGCAACAGCAUUUGCAGCAGCCAGUCGCCGCCGAGCGCUGCAUGUGAAUUUUGAGGCACGCAAGGGAAGUAACAGAACGUGCAGAUUUUCUGUUGGAGCGGCGAACGAUGGGCAAAAGUCGACACGAGUAGCGCACGCGAGCCUUUGGUGAUGUAGUGCUGGUGUUAAGUGAGUGAGGGCGGUGUUGGCAUUAGGUGGCAUCGAUUCGGUUGACACGCGACAGUGCAGACGGUGUUUGUGUGCCAUGCUCGUAUUUUCUAAUACAACUACGUACAUACAUACAUACAUACAUAAUUGUAUAUACACAUAUUAACACAACUAGCUAAGUUGAAGCUUUGAACGCUUUCGCAUUCAUAACGCAAAUCAACCGAAGUGGCGAUUAGAUGCGUGCACAGCAGCCGGCCACACGAGUUACACUAACGCAAUUCCGAAACUACCCACAAGUGCUGCGUAUGUACAUACAUAUACAACAUAGAAGCAUUUCUAUGUAUUUGGUGUGUCAGUGAAAGCGCGCAUACAUACAUACAUACAUACAAACAUACAUUAGCACAGCAACAGCAUGUGUAAAGUGACAGUUCAUUGCUUUUGACAGCGGAAAAGUGUGCCUAGAAGUGAUCCAACAGCAACGCUGUGCGCCUGAAAAUAGACUAAAAGUAUUUUUAGACAUAUGUACAUAUGUAUAUGUGCUUGUUGUACUUGUAUGCGUCUGCGAAUACACUGCAAGAGAGCGUAUGACGCUGGUAAUAUUUGCCGCCAACCGCGCUGCACACACACACACACAAACGCACGUAAUGCAUUGAAAAGUCCUCAUUGUUUGCUGUCAUUGUAUUUGUGAGUUCAAUGUCGAGAAAAAUGCGAAACAAAAUUGUGUGAACUAAAAAAUACUAUCCAAUACAUAGUACGAAAAUACUUUGGUAUGUUUGAAAAGCACAAAAAAAGACAAUAGCUGACGGGUGGAAAUCGAAAACGCCGAAUACAAAUCGAAACAACUCAACUCAAGGUCAACGAAAAUCGAAAUUCACACCAACUCAAGUCAGGCAAAGUGAAGGCGAAAAAAAUAAGACAACGCGCUUUCUUUGUGCGUAUACUCGUGUGUUUUACUGCAUACACAUAUACCGGCACACAAACCGACAUACAUACACAUUGUUUGUUGCAUGCUUAAUGCAACAACAUUAGUGUUAACCAAAAGCUUAGCAUACAAAUAGGCGCAAUUGCACUAAAUUAGCGUUAGUUAAAUACAAAAAGAGAAAAAUUAAUGAAAAAGGAAAAAAUUACAAAUUUAAAGUAAAUUUAGUGAAUAUUUGGAAAUCGUGAAACCUCCAUUGAGGUGCUAAAAAUAGCAAAAGUGAAUCAAAUUGUGUGUUUAUUGUGGAUGUGUUUUAAUUAAAAUGUUGUAAAAUAUAUGUAAAUACAUUUGUGCUAAAUGCUUAUUUAUAAAUUCAAAUAAAAAUUAGAAAAAAAUUGCAUAUAAGUUAGAAAUAUUUGAAGUGCACAAACGAGCAAACAACUAAUAGGCAAACGGCCGCGCCAUAAUGCAGUUUUAAGCAAAUUGUGGAUGCUAAAUUGAGUACCGUCAUCUGCGCCCAACGGGGAUGUCCACAGCCAAAAGGCUGGUACUCUCAUUACGCGGUCGCAAGCAUUCACAGGGCAAUACAGCGACAUCAUCGACACGUCUAGUGUCGGCUGGUACCUCCCCGGGACAUGAGCUGGACGAAAUAGCAGUUGUCUCGGGCACCGGAGGUUCCAGCCAUCAUCUAUCCUCAUAUGGCGGUAUCGGUGCUGAUAUAAGUAAUGGUCCCCGAUACUCAACAGACUUACCACCAACUUCACCAAUUUCCGGUUAUUUUCAUAGUCACAAUGACGAGCAACGGAUCUUAGAUGCGGACGAACCGGAAGCAAGUGGUCAAGCGACGUCGAAGUGGCAACGCCAUACACAUAAGCUGGGCAAGCCGAAGCACGCUUACUUGACGACGACAGCAACAACAACAACAAUAGAAGCAAUAACAACGGAUGCAGAUAAUCAAGAGGCAACCGGAAACUCGGAGCGCUCAGCGCCGCACACAAGCAAAGCGAAAGCAAUUAAAAGUAAAACUAAAAGAGUGAUAUUCAAAGCCAAAACCGCAUCGAUCCGACGCUUAAAAAUGAGCAACAAUAUUGUUGGCAAAAACAUUGGCGGACUGAGCAUUGGCAGUGGUAGUGGCGUGGCGCCCUCUUCACAUUUACAGCCACGCAAUUAUUUUUCACUCAAUCGACAGCCGCAAAACUCGCAAAGACCGCGUGCCAGCUUUCCCGAGAUAAUGCAGCCACGUCUCUCGCUGAACGGUACUUUGCGGCAUUUGGUGCCAUCGCCACGUCCACUCUACCGGGAUCAUAGUUCUCGCUCGAUACAACCGCUGACGGCGAACGAGCAGCAAAUGGCCGAAUUAGAUGGUAGUUUCUAUGGCAACACGCUGGGCUGCUUCAGUACAAGCGGCAGCGGGGGUGGUGGUAAUAGAGGCGGUGCUGUGGGUGCGGCUGGUAGUCGCAGCGGCUUUGGUGCUGGUGGCGAAAGUAAUACGGGAUUUCACACAACUGAGUUAUCGAUUACGCCAACUUUAACGGGCGAUGAACAAUAUAUCGAUUUAGGUAGCCUGCGUCGCUUCUCGAUCGAUCGCCAGAGCUUUCUUGAUCUCGGAUCGAAAUUUAGCAUGCCACAGCCGAAAUUCGGUCAGAGUGUCUCACAGCAAGGUUUCUUUACAUCACACGACAGCCUCGCCACACCAUGCGCAUCACGUGCCUCCAAUCCACAUGUGGCCACUGUAAGCACUGCCUCCGAAAUGGAUUUACUGCACAGCAGCAACAAACAGCGUCGCAAAUCUCGCGGCCGCCUGAAAACGAUGUCCGGCGAGCAACCGUUACUCGAUUCGUGGCAACGCUCAGCGACGGCGCGCAGUUCACAAGACAACACAUUGGCCGGCGGUUUGGCGGGGAGUAAUCAAUUUAGCGGGAAUUUCUGCAACGGCACUGAUAGAUAUCCCCGCUCACGUUCCGGUACCUCAACGACCACUGCCCCGCCGCAUAGCGGCCCCUCACAAUCGCAUCAAUCGUCGCAUCAGCUACACCAUUCGGCGUCGGUGUCGCAUGCGCACCAUCAACCGUCACAUGCAUCACAUUUAUCAUCUACACAACAACAACAGUCCGCAGCGUCACAUCAUCAGCAGCAACCACAUCGAACCGCCUCGCAACGAUUUCGUGCCGCCACUGCCUCGCGUAAAUUCCACUUUGUGUUCGAUCCAGCGGGGCGUCUAUGCUACUACUGGUCCAUGGUUGUAUCGUUAGCGUUCCUCUAUAAUUUCUGGGUGAUAAUCUAUCGUUUCGCCUUUCAAGAGAUCAAUCGACGAACGAUUGCCAUUUGGUUUUGUCUCGAUUAUUUCUCCGAUUUUUUAUAUCUCAUAGAUAUAUUCUUUCACUUUCGUACCGGUUACUUGGAGGAUGGUGUAUUACAAACCGAUGCGACAAAAUUGCGACAACACUAUAUGAAUUCGACAACAUUCUACAUUGACUGCCUAUGUUUGCUGCCAUUGGAUUUUUUAUAUCUAUCAAUCGGAUUCAAUUCGAUAUUGCGUUCAUUUCGUUUGGUGAAAAUCUAUAGAUUUUGGGCAUUUAUGGAUCGUACCGAACGACAUACAAACUAUCCGAACUUAUUUCGUUCGACAGCGUUGAUACACUACCUACUUGUGAUAUUCCAUUGGAACGGAUGUCUGUAUCAUAUUAUACAUAAGAACAAUGGAUUCGGUUCGAGAAAUUGGGUCUAUCAUGACUCCGAAUCGGCCGAUGUAGUUAAACAAUAUUUACAAAGUUAUUAUUGGUGUACGUUAGCUUUAACGACGAUCGGGGAUUUGCCGAAGCCCAGAUCGAAGGGUGAAUACGUCUUUGUGAUAUUACAAUUGCUAUUCGGACUGAUGCUGUUCGCGACGGUGUUGGGUCAUGUGGCGAACAUUGUAACGUCGGUGAGUGCGGCACGCAAGGAAUUUCAAGCCAAACUGGACGGCGUGAAAACGUACAUGCGCAUGCGCCGUGUGCCCAAUCAUCUGCAGGUGAAAGUCAUUAAAUGGUUCGAUUACCUGUGGCUGACCCAAAAAUGUUCCGACGAGGAGCGAGCCGUAUCCUGUCUUCCUGAUAAAUUAAAGGCUGAAAUAGCAAUUAACGUCCAUUUAGAUACACUUAAGCGAGUUGAAAUUUUUCAAAAUACCGAAGCGGGUUUCCUAUGCGAAUUGGUGCUACGUCUGCGGCCGGUACUCUUCUCACCCGGCGACUACAUUUGCCGGAAGGGCGAGGUUGGCAAGGAGAUGUACAUAGUGAAUCGCGGCCGUCUGCAGGUGGUCGCCGACAAUGGGAAGACAGUGAUGGCUUCACUGAAGGCAGGUUCCUAUUUUGGCGAGAUUAGUAUACUGAAUAUGGGCACAGCAGGUAAAGAACUUGGUAAUCGCCGCACUGCCUCGGUACGCUCGGUGGGCUAUAGCGACCUCUUCGUGCUGAGCAAAAAGGAUAUGUGGGACGUGUUGAAGGAGUAUCCGGCGGCGCGUGUGCGGCUCGAGUCGAUAGCGGUGAAGCGUUUGGAGAAAUACAAAAAAGCGCCGUUAGAGAAAGUUGCCAUGGGACGCUGCCAAUCGACGCCCGGUUUGGUGGAGAGUUGCGGCCGUACAACAUUGGAGGAUAUGUGGCUGCCACCGCCGUCGGCAUUGUCCUUCGCGCAGCAACAACAAAUACAACAGCAGCAGCAACAACAGCAAAGUGUAUCUUAUAGUCGUGCUCCCAGUCCCCGCUCAACAAUCACCUAUACGGAACGCAUCACACGCGCAACCGACUCACCCGGCUCGGUCAGUCCUAGUGUACAUAGUUCGGACGAUCGGCCGCGCAGUCGCGCGACGUCGCAUCACUCAACACGACUACAGUCGCAGCCAAGUCGGUCAGGACACAUCUGCGAUUCCAGUUCGCAUUUAGAAUGCUACGGUGGCGGUCUGUCCGCCGCUAGCGGUGGCAUCGGUGGUGGCGGCACUACGCCACUACUCGGUUCACAUGAAGCCUUAGAAGAUGAAAUCAAACGUUUGCGCGAGCGUCUGCACACUGUGGAGUCGGAGAAUCAAGCUCUAAAUACGAAAUUAUCACAACAACAAUGGGAUUUAGAGAAUCGACUGGCCGAAAUCGAGAUGCAAAUAUGCGGUGUCUCGUCGACAUCCAGUCUGGAUCCGGAGAAUGAGACCGAGGAGAUGGAACGCAAUCGUGAGAGUAUCAUAUAACACGGGAGCGAGCUGCCCCAUCAGCCGAUCGGAGCAGCGACAACAACUACAGUAACGUCAGAGGAAAAUCGAGGGGAAAUGAAUGUGUCCACCGCUCUCACAUCAACCGAGCCAG